GAUGUUACAUUUUCACGCGUCGUGUUAUGGAUUGAUUCCGUACACGGGUGGACGCAACACUUUCCGAGUUGAACACGCUCAAAUUGCGAUUUUCUGUUGAUCGGGACAAGGGUUGAAAUGACAACGAUGGAUAGGAGACUGCCGAAGAACAUCGAAAUUGCCCCAAACUCCCUUUCGAUCGUUUUGAAACCAACAACAGUUGACAAAGAGAAGCCACCGAAGACUGGUAGAGCCCUCUUUCAAGACCUCCAAAAUGAAAACAAACUGAAUUUCUGGAAUCGCGAACUGAGUGAGAGCGUUCUGCAGCUCAAUUAUCUGGGAUGGUUCGAACCAGAUACACUCUUCAUCCAAGGAGGGGACAAGGAAAUGUCUGUUGUUCGGGAAGCUUAUGCCCGACGCGUUUUAAAGCCACCUCGCCACCACACCAUACAAAUACUAGGAGAUGUGGAAGCCAUUGAGCUGACACCCGUUCCUCAAUCGCAGUUUGUCCCCCUUACUGAAGUCUUAUGCCUCAUUAUCGCUGAACUAAACAAGAGGAAAAUUAUUGCUACAGUGGAUAAGAUUAAGGCAAAACUGGCAGAUUGCUAUGGCGAUGUGAAGCUUCCAAGUGAGGAGAUAUUGAAGAAAUCAUUGGCUCAUUUAAUCAAAGAACAGAAAGUUUGUCACACUGGUGAAGGGUAUUUUAUAGUCACGCCAGAGGAUUUCCUUUACCUUCGAAGUUGUGCUAGUUCGACUACUACGUCUGAAGUAAAUGUAAGCCCUAUUUCGCAAAACUCUAACCAAUCAGGGCAGAGUUCGGAAGGACAGCCUCGUAAAACUCAAAAGACUGUGCGACAUGCAGUUCAGAUUUCUACUGAGAAAGGAACACACACAAGGAAGAAGGAACCACCAUCUCCACGAUCUAAGUCCUGCCGCCUAAUUUGUCACACCGGGAUUUAAAAAACGGUGACAGUCCAGUGCGAAAUAGAUCCACGUCAUUACAGCGAAGCAACUCUUUAAGAGAAAAAAAAGCGCAGGCAAGCAAAUCUAACAACUUC